CUGCGCGCGCUGCGCCUGGGCCACAACCGGCUGGACGCCCUGGGGCGCCACGUCUUCGCCAACGCCAGCAGCCUGACGCUGCUGGACCUGUCCUCCAACGCGCUGCGCGCGCUGGGGCGCCACGACCUGGACGGGCUCGGGGCGCUGGAGCGGCUGCUGCUCUUCAACAACUGCCUGGUGCACCUGGACGCGCGCAGCUUCCACGGCCUGCCCGCGCUGCGCCACCUGUACCUGGGCUCCAACGAGCUCGCCUCCUUUUCCUUCGAUCACCUGCACGGCCUGGGCCCCGCGCACCUGCGCACGCUGGACCUGUCCUCCAACCAGCUGGGGCCGCUCUCGGUGCGCGAGCUGGCGGCCCUGCCCACCUUCCUCAAGAACGGCCUCUACCUGCACGACAACCCGCUGCCCUGCGACUGCCGCCUCUACCACCUGCUGCGGCGCUGGCGCCAGCGCGGCCUGGGCGCCGUGCGCGACUUUGCCCGCCAGUACACCUGCCUGGCCUUCCCCGUGCCCGGCUCCCAAGUGCGCUUCUUUGAGCACAGCCGCGUCUUCGAGAACUGCUCGGCGGCCUCGGUUCCCAACCUGGAGCAGCCGGAAGAGCAGCUGGACACGCAGGUGGGUCGGCCCCUGAGGCUUUACUGCAACACCAGCGCCCCGGCCGUGCGCAUUGCCUGGGUGUCGCCCCAGAAUGAGCUGCUCGUGGCUCCGGGAUCUCGCGAUGGCAGCAUCGUGGUGCUGGCCGACGGCAGCUUAGCCAUCGCCAAAGUACAGCAGCGGCACGCGGGGGUCUUCGUGUGCCUGGCCAGCGGGCCCCACCUGCACCACAACCAGACGCUGGAGUACAACGUGAGCGUGCACUUCCCCCGCCCCGAGCCCGAGGCUUUCAACACCGGCUUCACCACCCUGCUCGGCUGUGCUGUGGGCCUGGUGCUGGUGCUCCUCUACUUGUUUGCGCCGCCCUGCAGGGCUUGCGGCCGCUGCUGCCACGCCUGCCGCCGCCGCUGGCCGCGCACACCCAGCCCGCUCCAGGAGCUGAGCGCCCAGUCCUCCAUGCUCAGCACCACGCCGCCAGACGCACCCAGCCGGAAGGCCAGUGUCCACAAACAUGUGGUCUUCCUGGAACCCAGCCGGAGAGGCCUCAAUGGGCGUGUGCAGCUGGCAGUGGCCGAGGACUUCGAUCUCUGCAACACUGUGGACCUGCCCCUCAAGGCUGGCUCCGAGACGGCCAGCUCCACAGGCUCAGAGGGUCUCAUGAUGACUCAGUCGGCCUGAGGCCCCCUGGCCCCGCCCAUAGCCCUCCUGCUACUUGCCUUCCUCCCUAGUCCAGAGCCUUGCCAGGUGCUGGUGGCGAAGCCCUACAAGCCUGCUCCUUAUUAUAGGCCUUAACCUCAGUCAACCCACUGGUAAUGGGGUUGGGGUCCCCAACUUGCCUCCUGCUCUGCCUAGCACGAGACCUCAAGGCCCACAGCUUAGCAUAGGGCCCACUAGUGCCUGCUUUCUCUUAGGACCUCCUCGGGCUUAGGUGUGGGGUGAGGGCUGGGGAAUAAGCAUUUCUCCUAAGAGCCCCGGGACCGCCAUCUUCAGGCGGAAGCAGAUGUCAAGGAAUGGAAUCACAUUACCUUCUCCAACCAUGUCCCAGAGGGUAGGAGAAAAGGAGGAGGGCUCAAAAUCCACACCCUCCCCAGGUGGAAGGAGAAAACAAGCCCGCCCUCUAGUGAACGAGCCCCGUCUGCAGUCUGCAAGCACAAUGCUUCACGUUCAGGCUGGUGGGCAAGCAUGAGUCAGGGACACUUCCAAGAGACCCCUGGGGGAUCCAGCCUUAGCCUGAACCGGGGGGACUCUGCUC